GAACGAUUGAGCCAUGAAAUUAAAAAAAAAAAAAAACUCGAAAAAAUAUCAAUCUUGUCAAACAAAACAAUUUUUGAAGGCUUUUCUCUUGGUUUUCUGUGUUUUUCAUAACAUCAUUUUAUGCUCAUCAAGCACAUGCAGUCAUGGACGCCGAGCUUAAAGCGCUCAAGUCGGUGCUACGCUCGCUGGUGGUGUCAAGCCCCAGUCAGGUAGACGUGAGCACUCUCAUGCGCGAUUACCGGACCAUGAUGGGGACAUACAUCCCACUGGCCAAAUAUGGAUACAAGGAACCAGUUGCAUUUCUCAGAGAACGGUGCAGUGACUGUUUUAUAUUACAUGGUGCCUCAAACAAUCCCACACUGACCUUGAUUGUGCCAGAAACAUUGAAGCACAUAGACAAGUUUGUGCAGUGCCAGAAAUCUAAUUCCUCAGUCAAAUGCAAAGGUAAACGGCGCAGUGUCCCAGGGACAAUAACACAACCGGCCAAGCAAGACCCAGACCUGAUAGCUAAAACAUUCCAGCAACUUGCUGUCACUAAUCAAAGAAAGAAAGAGAAAUCUCCUGACAUCAAUGAAAAUGUUAUCAAUAAUUACCAAAAGCGUGACCUUUCAAAGAUUGGUUCAGUUAGAAAUCUCAACCAGACACAAUCAUCUUUAUCACUAGAGCCUAAGAAAUUAGAAUGUAGUCUUAAUAAUAGGAAUCAUACAAGUCAUCAACAUAUUAAUAAAGAUAGUACAGAGUAUGUAAAAGAAAAUACUCUAAGGCCUAUACGAAAAUCUCCAGAAGUGAAUUUAAAACCAUUGCAAAAUGAUCUUAAUCCUAAAGUCGAGAGUUCAGACAAUGCAGUACAUAACUUUUUGAAAAAGAGGAUGUCCCUGUACAGUAGCUCAAAUGGCUUGGAUGCUGCAAGUUCUGUCAAUGGAAAGUCUUCUGUAGAUGAUGAUUCGAGUAGGAAGACUUCAUCUAGUAACAGCAUCAAGAAGAGUAUAGCCUUGGAAGAGUUGAAGCAAGAAGUGUUGCAGUUGGUCGCUUCUCAUCCGGAAGGAGUUUGGUGUACAGAUCUCUUAAAGUUAUACAGAGAGAGACACAAUCGCGAGCUGAACUUCGGUCGGUUCGGGUUCACCAGCAUCAUCAGCCUCGUGUGCACGCUCGACUCCCGCCUCUCCAUCUCCCGGCCCGACGACACCGGCGACUGGCUGCUGCGGCCGCUGGGGCCGCAGACCGAUGUGACGCCCCGAGCCCCCGUGCCGCAGAGGAAGCGACCGAGGCCGCACAGGAGCUCUGCGCUCAACUGCAAUGUGGAUCCCGACGAUGCCCUGCCUGGGAUCGACUUUGACCCGGACGUGUUCCCCGUGGACUGCAUGCACUUCAUGGAGAGUAUCCCGCCGCCGGCGCUGGAGGACGUGGGCCGCGGCGCGCUGCUGGACGUCAUCGUGGGCGAGGUCUACUCGCCCUCGCACUUCUGGCUGCUGCGUCUCGGGGAGCUCUACCACGUCGCCAUGGAGCGCAUGAUGGACGACAUGACUGAGUACUACAGCAGCGGCGAGGGCCGCGACCGCGUGCUGGCGACGGGCGCCGUCCGCUUGGGCCACUACUGCUCCAGCCUGUUCGACCGCGACUGGCAUCGCUCGCUCAUCGUCAACGUGCUGGACAGCGACACUGUCAAGGUCCGGCACGUGGACUACGGCACCGUGGACGUAGUGUCGACCGCAGAGCUGAAGCCGCUGCUGCGCAAGUGGGCGCAGCUGCCGGCGCAGGCGGUGCGCGCGCGGCUGGCGGGCGUGCGGCCGGGCGCGGGCGGGCGUCGCUGGCCGCACGCGGCCAGUGCGCGCUUGCUGCAGCGCGUGCGCGACCGCCGUCUCGUCGCCUGCGUCGUCGGCCGCGACGUCGAGGAGGACAUCCUGGAAGUGUUCCUGGUGGACACGUCGACGGAUCAGGACGAGUGCGUGAGCGCGGACCUGAUCCGCUCCGGACACGCGGACGCGCGUCCCGACUCCUGUAUCAGAACGAGCGAGUGCUACCUGUUCCCGAAGUUCUCGGCGCUGGAGUCAGGCGCGACGCCCAACUUCGCGGAGAUCAGCGAGUACCUCCGCAACGGCAUCGCGCUCGACUACGUCGAUGAUUACCGCCAGCACGUGCCCCACUGCCUGCCCCCCGCCGCGCCCCUCGCCGCGCCCUCGCCCCCCGCCUCCGCUUCCGCCCCCGCCUCCGCCUCCAGCUCGACCGAGUCAGAGCUGUCGUCCGCGCAGUCGCCGAGCCCGCCGCCGUCGGUCGCGGUGGUCAACAGGAUCCCGUUACUGCCGUCCUCGGUGUCGCUCCCCGACACGAAGAGCGUGCGGCCGGCGUCGCCGGAGGCCCGCAGCGAGCCGGCGCUGGUCGCACGACACUCUCCGAAGCUGGAACCCGCGGCCCCGGCCCCGGCCCCGGCCCCGGCCCCGGCCCCCGCCCCCGCCCCCGCGCCCGCCCCCGCCCCGGCCCCCGCCCCGGGCGGCGCGGUGCUGUCGGCGAGCGAGUGCGAGACGUUCAGGUACCUGAGCCGCGUGGACCCGGCGGCGGCGCACUGGUUCAUGGUGGGGGCGCUGGGCCGCGCCGCACCCCAUCUUUCCGCCGCGCCCCUCGAUGUCUCCGCCCCCGAGUUCCGGCCGACCGCGCCCCCGAUCCGCUCCGUGACGCCCCAGUUCCGCCCCAACGUGGCCGCCCCGGAGUUCCGUCCGCGCCCGCCGCCCAUGAUGAGAUUUCCCCAUCAGUACCCGCACCAGCCCUACCCGCCGAUGCCGUUCAUGAGACCCCCGCAUUACGGCCCAUUCGUCCCCUCCGCUGGUUUCAUGCCUCCCCCCGGUUUCGGCCCGUGUUAAAUGAAGUGAGAAAUUAAUGCAUUUAUCUUGCGAUUAUAUGUUCUGUCCGCCUGCCUCUCUUACGCGAGAGACACUACGUACAUACAGAGAUUUAAGAAAAGUGUUUUGUUGGAUUAAGGUCCGUCUCUGCUUGCGUUUAGUUUGUAGGUGUUACGUUUUUUUAAGAUUUCCUGUGAAUAUUGUCCUUAUCUUACACUUGUUUUUAUUUCACGUUUCAUACAUAUAUUUUGUAAUUAGGAUAAGAUUAUAUAAUUUUAACAAACUAUCAGGUUGUUUUUGAUACCGAAUAUGCUCAUGUGAUCAUUUUGUUGCGUUUUUUUUAAUUGAUUUAAUUGAAAAUUAUUCUUGGAAAGUUGACAUUUAAAAAUACAUACUUUAUGUAUAGCCUUUCUUGUUUUGACAUGUUUAUAUUAUAUUUAAUUGAUUUAUAUUUGUGUUCUUGAUUUUUGUUGAUAUUUUUGGAGCUUUGUGAGUUUAGUGUACAGUUCCAUUGUACGCACGUAAUAUCUAUAACCACUCGCCCUAACGUAUCAGACCUCACAAAGUUUAUAACGUAUAUAAUUAUAAUGGUAAUUGUGAGUUAAGUGGAUGUAAAAUGUGGUUUAUUAUAUCUGUUCAUUAAUUAUGGCAAAUACACAAAAUUACAAACUUUGAAUUAUAUAUGGUUUAAAAAUUGUUAAAAAUAAAAUGGUUACUAUGGCAACCAGCCGAUGGUUGAUGCGUGCGUGUGACAUUUGUGUCUAAUAUAAGAAAAGUAUGAAUCGGCAUCAAACUGUUCGAUUGGAUAAACUCGAACUAUAUUCAUUCUAUU